AUGAAAUUUGAAUUAUUAACUUUAGUUACACUCGCUUCAGCUAUUACUUUAGAACAAAUAAGAUUAGUUAAUGAAGAUGAAGUUAUUAUUCAAGAUGGUCAUUAUCAAUAUCCAGCUUUAAUUAAUUUAAAAGAUGAACAAGAAUCAGAUUCAGAAUCAGAUUCAGAUGUUGAUGUUGAAGAUAAAAAGAAAGAUAAAAAAACUUCAUUAACUACUGAUUUACCAUCAAGUACUACUAUUUCAGUAUCAAAAACUACUACUUCAAGUAAAAGUUCAACUUCAUCAAAAUCUAAACAUUCUUCAUCAAGCUCAUCAACUAAAUCAAAAUCACACACUGCUUCAAUUACUAAAACAGGUGGUGCUGCUGAUUUUGCUGCUCCAGCUUCAAUGGGUUCAUUAUUAGUUGCUUUAGGUUUAUUAUUAUAA